AGAAGACGUCGGCACGUGGUGGAUUCUGGACCAUCAUUGUUGUUGAGAAUUGGCAGCAGGAGAACCUUCCGGGGGAAACGCCUUCCGCGCUGCCCAUCCCAAACAGCAACAGCAACAGCAACAGCAACGCAUCUCACCUGGUACACCCUCACCACACGGCGCAAUGGUGGUCUUGACAGUUCUGAGUAACAAGGAAGAGGAGCUAAUCCACAACGAGCUCAAAAAGAAUGCGCUGUCGCAAUGCUCCCGGCUUGUGCAAGAACUCGUUGCCUGCACAAAAGUCCGCACAAUAACAGUCUACUGGGCCUGCAAAGACCAAACCGCCGCGCUCAACAAAUGCCUGGCGCCAUACACCACCGAAAACGAGCGCGACAAGCUACGCGAGAAGCAUAUCGCGUUGAAGAACGAGUGGAUCGCCGCCGGGAAGCCGCUGCAGGAAAAGCCGGGGAGAGGAGCGGGGAAGUAGGGCAUCCAGCGGGGGGCGUGAUGACUGUUGCGAAAGGGGAAAGAUGAGGGAGCUAUUGGCCGGACCAGCUUCCGAUCGAAACAUCACCGACAUCGAACCAGGGCGUAGCCGCACGGUAACAUAUCGCGGAGAACCAUAGAACGGCGGAACAUCUUACCCAAUACCUAGCGGUCGAUGGGGGGGAG